GUAGUGCUAGAGCUACAAGGGCGGUCUCACGAAAUCCUCAACCGACUGGCUACCUGGCGGAGAGAGCUUGAAGCCUUGGACCGAAAGCUUGAGAAAGGCAUUCUUAUCAUCGAGCAUGACUCUCGGUCGAAAGCGAAAACAGCUCCGCAAAUUAUGAGUAUCCCAUGGGAGGAAGUCGAAGGAAAGCAACGAAGGGUGCACGAAGCGGUGCAGGAGUGGUGGAGCCAUCUUUGCAACAGUGAACAGCUGGAUUAUGAUCAUGAAAGCGAUGAAGAUGAAGAACAGGAUCAAUGUUUUGCCAUGCCACGUGAAGAAGAUUCAAAGCAAAAAGCGGAAGAAGCCGCGAAAGCAGCAGCAGCGAAGGCUGCUGAGGAGAAGCAGAAACGCGAGGAUAGGGCAGCUGUCACUAAAGGUCUUACUGACCAUACGACAAUGAAGCAACUGUCAUCUUCAGGUUAUGAGGCUAAAGCUAAGCGACAGAGAUAG